CCGCCGGGCCCUGUCCCUCCGCUGCAGCCCCUGGCGGACGACACCGAGGACGUGUCCCUGGACUUCGGCGCCGAGGAGGAGCUGAGGCUGAGGAAAGCCCGGAUCAGGCAUCCACUGGCUACCUUUUUCCACCUGUUUUUCCGAGUGAGUGCUAUUGUUACCUACUUGUUCUGUGACUGGUUCAGCAAAAGCUUUGUUGCCUGUUUUGUCACUAUUCUCCUCCUUCUGUCCUUUGACUUUUGGUCAGUUAAGAAUGUUACUGGAAGACUCUUGGUUGGGCUACGAUGGUGGAAUCAGAUUGAUGAAGAUGGAAAAAGCCACUGGGUAUUUGAAGCAAAAAAGGUUUCUACAAACAUUGCUGCCUCAACUGAAGUUGAAGCUCGUAUCUUCUGGCUUGGUCUGAUUAUCUGCCCCAUUAUUUGGACCCUGUUCUUUUUUAGCACCUUGUUUUCCUUAAAGCUGAAGUGGCUGGCUCUUGUGAUAGCUGGAAUCUCCCUUCAAACUGCUAACUUAUAUGGAUACAUCCAUUGUAAAUUAGGAGGACAAAAAAGCAUCAGCCAAGUAACUUCCAGGCUCCUAUCACAGCAGAUGUUUCAAAGAGACAGACCAGAAGAAUUUCAGAAGAUUGUCUUGAAGGGUAUGGAAAUGCACAACCACUAGAAAGACACUGUAGUCCUGAGAGAAGUCAACACUAAAUUGAGAACUACAGCGUAAGUCUGUUAGUCGAAGGAAAAAUGUAUUCAAGUGAUCUUAUUCAGCAAGUGCAUGGAAAUAUACACUACAGUUAAUCUCCAGAAGACUUGAAGAAAGUACUAAUAGGUAAAUGGAACACAUUAUGUAUGUCCCAAUGAAAACAAACUGUUUAAUGUAUAAAUUUCUGAAUAAAUGCUAUGCG